AUGGGCCAGCAGCUGGAGCGGCAGAUCGAGCAGGCCAACGCCACGGCGAGGUCUUCUCACAGAGUCACAGGUCGGAACUCCAAAGAACACGUGCCCAGCGGCAGCGGUAGCAGCAGGAGGAAGAAGCCGGGACUGGUGGUGGACGCCGAGGCACCCGGCGCCAACCAGCCUCAGGAUCAGAGCAACACAAUGCUCGUCGAGGUGAUGCGGGAGCUGAACCGCGUCAAGAGGGAGCUCCGGGAGCUGAAGCGCGAGGUGAAGGCCGAGGUCGACGGGGACGCCGAUGCCGGUUCGCGUCCCCUCGACAGCGCGGAGCGAGAGGCCGGCGAGGGAAACGAGGAGAGUGGCAUAGCAGAGCUCGCCGUGCUGCGGAGAGACAGGAGGCUCGGAGCGAGCGACCCUGACGAGAGGUUCGCCACCGCCUGCAGCUCCGACGUGGGACUCCAGUCCGCGAACACGGCGGUGGUGCCAUCGACGGAGGAGACGGACCACGCCGUGAACGCUGAGUCCGCACUAAGCCACUAA